AUGGAAUUGGGUCGGAAAAUACUUUUCUGGAUUUUGCCCAUAUUUUUGCUAUUAUUUCUCUGCACACUGAGUCAGGCCUAUUUGCAUAGUGUGCGAAUGGAAAUGGAGGAAAUACCAUUUGCUAAAGGCAAAUCAAAAUCAUCAUUAAACUCCGCUCAACGACCACGUUCCAGUGGCAUUCACUUGAUAUCCAGUUUGGAGCAUCAAAGGACAUUUUUGCAUAUAUUUCAUGUGCCUUAUAUAAUUUGCUUCUAUGCCGCCAAGGGAAAAUGGCCUUAUGUGCCCGGUUUUAUGAAAUCUCGUGUGGAUGUGGCCUCUAGAAGUUUCUUCAAUCAAAACGAUUCGUUCAUUAAACAAUUUUGUACCAAAUGGAUACAGGUCAAGGAAUGUUUUAGACCACUUUUCGAUAAAUCCAAUGAUACCAUUAAUACCGAAGUAGAAACACUGGAUGCCAAGGUGAAGGUACAACAAAAUUGUGAUUGUGACAAAUUGCUCGCCUCGACUGAACCUCCUGUGCCUGUUGUCUACUUCGAUAAGAACUAUAUUGGCAAUGUGAGUUCUGAUACCAUAUUGAAUACAAUCGAAUUUCUGGAGAGUUUCUUACCACCGCCCACUAAAAAGCAACAUAAACGUAAGAAUCGAGUGCGUGGACGUUUAGAUGAAAUUGAUAUUGAUUAA